UAAAUUUAUAAAUCAGACAAAUUUAUAAAUCAGACAUCCUGGGACCAACACGGCUACAACAGUGUAACCCUAAUUCCUGCAUAAUAAAGGGGGCAAGCCCAGGGAGGGAGCGACUGAGGAGUGAACCAACCAUGUACUCACCACACAAUGCCGCUCCAGUGCCCCACACACACCCUGCAGUAGUGGCUCCAGCAGGGUCCAUUGGAGCUGGCUGGGCCCAGUGUCCUAUUAUGGGCAUUACAUCAUGGCUGGAGGGGCUGCAGUGCUACUCAGGUUUGGUCUGCCCAGCCCUCCGGGAUGGUGACAGAGGGUCAGGUGUGCCGGCUAAGUAUGAGUGGGACAGUGACCUGGAGCUCCAGGUUGCUGCGACACUCACUGAAGUUUGGCCAGCCUGCCCCAUCAUGGCAAAGGGUCAGGAGGAUGACGCCUCAGAAGUGAUGCUACUCUUUGUGCCAGGAUACAACACCCACAGCAGGGGGCCAGGCUCAGCUCCCGCAGCCACCACUGUGGGGUGAGUCACAGAUACAGAAAACACUGUUCAUUACUUUUUUUACACGGCGCAAACCCACACCUAUAAUAAUGGUACAAACUUUCAAACCUCCCAGUUCCAUGGACCACUGUACAUCUGCCUCACCUGCAACAACUAUUCCCCUAUCAUUGUGUAAACUUUGCCAUGCUGAGUUGGGUUGUUUGUCCUUUCAGAUGUCGGUGACGUUUGAGGACGUCGCUAUGUAUUUCUCCCCAGCAGAAUGGGCGCUGCUGGGCAAGGAGCAAAAGCAACUUUACAGACACGUCAUGUGGGAAAAUUACCAGACUCUGGUCUCGUUAGGAAUCCAAACCCCCAAGCCAGUGGUGAUCUCCAGCAUAGAGCAAGGGGAAGAUCUGUGUGUGCUGGGUCCUACAGAAGAUGAAGAUGGGGACAUCCUGAGAGGAACCCACCCAGAUUUUCCAGAUGCAGACGAGACCUGGGACUGGUCAGCAAUUGAAAGCUCCUUGGGCUUCUUCCUCACACAAAGCUCUUUAACUGGAGCAGCACGGGCAAGGAACCUGAGCAGGGCUGAGGGGCAGACUCCCGAGGAAGAGUCUGGCAACCUGGAGUCACCCAACCCUUUCCCAGGAACAUCAGUGGAGAGCCAUUCCCAGAAAUCUGAGCGGGGAAGGCACAACAAGAGGCAGUUCAGGCUCCAAAGGCAGAGGAAGCACCUGGCUAGGAAGGAUUCAGGAACUGGAAGAGGCCAUCAGAGGAGAUCAAGGCCAAAUCUAAAGCCUCCUGAAGAGGGAAAAACUGAGCCCAGAAAGAGCCUAUAUACCUGCCGUUUGUGCAGAGAAGAAUUCAAGGUGCAGAGAGACCUGAUAGGCCACCACUGGAUGGUUCAUAGGAGACAGAAACUGUAUCACUGUAGCGAGUGUGGGGAGAGCUUUAGGAGAAAGAAGGAGUUCAGAGCACAUGGGAAAGCUCACAGAAAGAAGAGAGACCAUCCCUGUAUUGAAUGUGGGAAGAUAUUCCACCAGUUAUCGCAUCUUAUUGCCCACCAGCGAAUACAUACGGGAGAGAGACCCUAUCACUGUGCUGAGUGCGGAAAAAGAUUUUUCCAUAUAUCAGCUCUUAACAUCCACAAGAGAAUCCACUCAGGAGAGAGACCCUUUGCCUGCACUGAGUGUGGAAAGCGAUUUAUGAAUUCAUCAACAUUUCGUAGUCAUCAGGCAAUCCACUCAGAAAAGAGACCCCAUCGCUGUAACCAAUGUGGGAAAGGCUUCAAAGUUGCAUCAAGUCUUACUAGACACCUGAAAAUCCACAGCAAAGAGAGACACUUCUUGUGCCACGAGUGUGGGAAAAAUUUUUGCCUACGAGAACAUCUCAUUAGACAUCAGAGGAUCCACACUGGGGAGCAGCCCCAUUGCUGUGCUGAGUGUGGGAAAAAAUUCAGUCUCCUUCAAAGUCUCAAGAGACACCGGGAAAUCCAUAGCACAGGGAGACUCCAUCGCUGUGCCGAGUGUGGGAAAAUAUUCCGUCAUCUAGAAAAUCUCUCUAGACACAAGAGAGUCCACACUGGGGAACUCUAUCGCUGUACUGAGUGUGGAAAAGGCUUUGUCCGUCUACAACAUCUCACUCGCCACCAGAGAAUCCACACUGGAGAGAAACCCUAUUGCUGCUCUGAGUGUGGGAAAAGUUUCACGCAAUCAUCAGGCCUCACCAACCACCUGAGAAUCCAUUCAGGAGAGCGACCCUAUCCCUGCACUCAGUGUGGGAAGUGCUUUGCUCACUCGUCAUCUCUCACUGAACAUCUGAAAAUCCAUUCAGGAGAACGACCAUAUUCCUGCAUUCAGUGUGGGAAGCACUUUGCUCGCUCAUCAUCUCUUACUCAGCAUCAGAGAACCCACCCAGGAGAGCAACCAUAUUCCUGCGCUCAGUGUGGGAAGCGCUUUGCUCGCUCAGCAUAUCUUACUAAACACCAGAGCAGCCACUGUUAUGCCAGCUGUAUUUCAGAAUUGCUGCGGGGGGCGGGCUCGGGGCGGGUCCUUCUCGUGCCCCGCGGAGCCCUGGGGGCCGAGCCCGGCCCGAGCGGCGCGUGCGGAGCGAGCCCCCCGCAGGCUGCAGCCCCAGCGCCCGGCGCGAUGUCGGUGACGUUUGAGGACGUCGCCAUGUAUUUCUCCGCAGCGGAGUGGGCACUGCUGGGCGAGGAGCAAAGGCAACUUUACAGACACGUCAUGUGGGAAAAUUACCAGACUCUGGUCUCGUUAGGAAUCAAAAUGCCCAAGCCAGUGAUGAUCUCCAGCAUUGAGCAAGGGGAAGAUCUGUGUGUGCAGGGUCCCACAGAAGAUGAAGAUGGGGACAUCCUGAGAGGAACCCACCCAGAUUUUCCAGAUGCAGAAGAGACCUGGGACUGGCCAGCAAUUGAAAGCUCCUUGGGCUUCUUCCUCACACAAAGCUCUUCCCCUGGAGCAGCAGGUGCGAGGAACCUGAACAGAGCUGAGUGGCAGACUCCUGAGGAAGGGCCUGGUAACCUGGAGCCACUCAGGCCUUUCCCAGGGACAUCAGGGAAGAACCAUUCCAAGAAAACUGAGCAGGGAGGACAGCACAAGAGUCAGGGGAGGCCACAAAGGCAGAGGAAAAAUCUGACCAGGAAGGAGCCAGCAACCUCAAGAGGCCAUCAGAGGAGAUCCAGGCCAGAUCCAAAGCCUGCAAAGGGAAAAGCGGAGUCCAGAGAGAGCUUAUAUACCUGCCGUGUGUGCAGGGAAGAAUUCAAGGUGCAGAGAGACCUGAUAAGUCACCACUCGAUGGUUCAUAAGAAACAGGAACUGUAUCACUGCAGCAAGUGUGGGGAGAGUUUUAGGAGAAAGAAGGAGCUCAGCGUACAUGGGAAAGCUCACAGAAAGAAGAGACACCAUCCCUGUUCUGAAUGUGGGAAGAUAUUCAACCAGUUAUCACUGCUCACUGCCCACCAGAGAAUCCACACUGGAGAGAGACCAUAUCACUGUGCUGAGUGCGGAAAAAGAUUCUUAUACUUAUCAUCUUUUACCAUCCACAAGAGAAUCCACUCAGGAGAGAGACCCUAUGCCUGCACUGAGUGUGGAAAGCAAUUUAUGGAUUCAUCAGCAUUUCGUAAUCACCAGAGAAUCCACUCAGAAAAGAGACCCCAUCGCUGUAACCAAUGUGGGAAAGACUUCAAACGUACAUCAAAUCUUACUAGGCACCAGAAAAUCCACAGCGGAGAGAAACCCUUCUUGUGCCACGAGUGUGGGAAAAAGUUCUGCCUACAAGAACAUCUGAUCAGACAUCAGAGGAUCCACACUGGGGAGCAGCCCCAUUGCUGUGCUAAGUGUGGGAAAAAAUUCAGUCUCCUUCAAAGUCUCAAGAGGCACCAGGAAAUCCAUAGCACAGGGAGACUCCAUCGCUGUGCCGAGUGUGGGAAAAUAUUCCGUCAUCUAGAAAAUCUCUCUAGACACAAGAGAGUCCACACUGGGGAACUCUAUCGCUGCACUGACUGUGGAAAAGGCUUUGUCCGUCUACAACAUCUCACUAGCCACCAAAGAAUCCACACUGGAGAGAAACCCUAUUGCUGCUCUGAGUGUGGGAAAAGUUUCACCCAAUCGUCAGGCCUCACCAACCACCUGAUAAUCCAUUCAGGAGAGCGACCGUAUCCCUGCACUCAGUGUGGGAAGUGCUUUGCUCACUCGUCAUCUCUUACUGAACAUCUGAAAAUCCAUUCAGGAGAGCGACCAUAUUCCUGCAUUCAGUGUGGGAAGCACUUUGCUCGCUCAUCAUCUCUUACUCAGCAUCAGAGAACUCACCCAGGAGAGCAACCAUAUUCCUGCGCUCAGUGUGGGAAGCGCUUUGCUCGCUUAUCACGUCUUACUAAACACCAGAGCAGCCACUUUUCUUGAUGGAGGGAACCUCUUCAUUCUGUCACUUUACCCUGUUCUCAAACUCUGUAAAAGAGGGAGAACUUGCUCCCACUCUGAAAUGUUCCCACCUCUUCACUAAGCAGACACGAGUUUAGCUUCUGGGUUUGUUAAAAUUAUAUUGUGUAGUCCUGGAGAUGGGAGCAUUUAACCCUAGAGGUACCAAAACAUUCCAUUGUGGGCAUUAUGGGCUGCAGCUGGGACAGAGAUGAUUGGUGUCAGGACUGCACUUUGGAGGCCACAAAUCAAUCAAAUACCCACAAAACAAAUUGAUCAGCAGUACCAGGCCAGUGUCUCCCUGUUCCUCAAGUGGGGAGAAACGUGGCCUUGCCUCUCUGUCAGGGGGCGAUGAUGAGAUGCGACUUUAUGUCACUGUUGUUUCAUCGUUCUUGGAGGGAAUAAAAUAAUACAAGAGACUGA